GUGAAAGGAAAAGUGUUGAGGAUGUAAGGGUAUAAAGGCAGAGUCAGCCACCCAGCAAACAAAUCAUUCCUUCCAUUCCACUCCUGAGCUAAACCUCCUCUUUAGAACAACACGAUGCUCAAGUCUGUCACAGAAAGCUUCGCCAAAGUGAUCCAUGGCUUGAAAGUGGGGCACCUGACUGAUCAAGUCAUUCAGAGGAGCAAGAGAAUGAUCCUGGAUACCCUGGGCGUCGGGUUCCUGGGAACCAGCACGGAUGUGUUUCACAAAGCCAGCCAAUAUAGUAAAAUCUAUAGUUCCAACAUAUCCAGCACUGUUUGGGGUCAGCCGGACUUCAGGCUCCCGCCUACAUAUGCUGCCUUUGUCAACGGUGUGGCUAUCCACUCGAUGGACUUUGAUGACACGUGGCACCCUGCCACUCACCCUUCUGGGGCUGUCCUUCCUGUCCUCACGGCUUUAUCAGAAGCCCUGCCUCAGAGUCCAAAGUUUUCUGGCCUCGAUCUGCUGCUGGCUUUCAAUGUUGGUAUUGAAGUGCAAGGCCGAUUAAUGCAUUUCUCCAAGGAAGCCAAAGACAUACCAAAGAGAUUCCAUCCCCCUUCGGUGGUAGGAACUCUGGGUAGUGCUGCUGCUGCAUCCAAGUUUUUAGGACUUAGCUUGACAAAAUGCCAAGAGGCCCUGGCCAUUGCUGUUUCUUAUGCCGGGGCACCCAUGGCAAAUGCGGCCACUGAGACCAAGCCCCUUCAUAUUGGCAACGCUGCCAAGCACGGGAUAGAAGCAGCUUUUCUGGCAAUGCUGGGUCUCCAAGGAAACAAGCAGGCUUUGGACUUAGAGGCAGGAUUUGGGGCCUUCUAUGCCAACUAUUCCCCAAAAGUCCUUCCAAACCUAGAUUCCCACACUUGGCUGCUGGACCAGCAGGAUGUGGCUAUCAAGAGUUUUCCCGCACAUCUGGCUACCCACUGGGUGGCAGAUGCAGCCGCAUCUGUGAGAAAGCACCUGGUAACAGAGACAGCCCUGUUCCCCACUGAGCACAUCAAGAGGGUUGUGCUCAGGAUUCCAAAGGUCCAGUAUGUAAAUAGACCCUUCCCAGACUCUGAGCACGAAGCCCGUCAUUCCUUUCAGUAUGUGGCCUGUGCCAUGCUGCUGGAUGGUGACAUCACAGUCUCAUCAUUCCAAAAACACCAGAUUAACAGGCCACAGGUGAGAGAGCUUCUCAGUAAGGUAGAGCUGGAGCACCCUCCAGACAACCUGCCAAGCUUCAACACACUGUAUUGUGAAAUAAGUGUCACCCUCAAGGAUGGAACCACCUUCACCCAUCGCUCUGAUACUUUCUAUGGUCACUGGAGGAAGCCUCUGAACCAGAAGGACCUAGAGGCAAAGUUCAGAGCCAAUGCCUCCACGACACUGUCCUGUGACACAGUGGAAAGUCUUAUAAAGAUAGUAGAAAAACUGGAAGACCUAGAAGACUGUUCUGUGUUAACCACACUUCUCAAAGGAUCCUCUACACCAGAGGCAGCUUCAAAAUUAUCCAGCAUAUAAUAAUUCCAUUACACAAUCUCUCCUGGGGUUUACCAACAUCUGAAAGACUUUGUGUUUGGGGAGAUUUUGAUGAUUUGCUGUGUAAAAUAAGGGUCUGCUGUUUGUCUGCCUAGGAAUAAAUGAAGUAAGAUGGAUAGAGUCUAGAAACAGAACUACAUAUAUUUGGAAAAGUAGUGUCCUAUAAAUUUUGCAGGACAGUUCAAAUGACCUAAAUCAAAAUAAUAAAUAUGCAAGAAACACACAAAAAAAUGAUUUUCUAAGCAAUCAGAAGGAUGAAAUUCAAGUCACCUCUGAUUUGCUUAUAAAACUAAUCUUUUCAGAGGAAUUACUUUGAACUUUGUGAACCUCAAGGCUUUAGAAGAAUGUGAACCCAUAUGUCUGUUUUCUGACAGUGGAGAAGGGCUCUGGUCUGCUGUGCCACCAACAGAUUUCUUAGACCGUGGAUUACUCCCGAGCCCUCCACAGUGCAAGGGGUGCUAUUGGGGGAUUAGUGGGUUCAAAUCCUGCGUUGGCCACUUACUAGAUGUGGCCUUGCACAGGUAUCCCCCUGCCUUAAUUUCUCAAUUUGUAAAGAAGUUUUAUCUUUUCUGGACAUUCCAUAUAAAUGGAUUAAUAUAUGUAGUCAUGUGUGUCUGGCUUCUAUCACUUAAGUAAUGAUUUUGAGAUUCUUCCUCAAAAUGUAUUAGUUCUUCAUGCCUUUUCUUUGCUGGGUAGUAUUCCAUUGUAUGGAUAUGCCACAAUUUGUUUACCCAUUCACUAGUUAAUAGGCAGUUGGAUUGUUUCCAGUUAUAAAUUAUAAAUAGUGUUUCUGUAAACAUUCACAUAUAAGUCUUUGUGUGGAUAUAUGUUUCCAUUUCUCUUGGAUAGGUACCUAUGAGUGGAAAUGCUCAGUCAUUUGAUAAAUAUAUGUGUAACUUUAUUUAAAAAAAGAACUGUUUUCCAAAGUAGCUCUAUCAUGUUAUAUUUCCACCAUCAAUAUGUAAGGGCUCCAGUUUCUCCUCAUCUUCACCAACCCUUAGAAUUGUCUUUUUUAUUUUAGGCAUUCUACUGAGUAUGGUAUCUCAGUGGUAUCUAAUUGUGGUUUUUAAUUUGCAUUUCCUUCAUCACUAAUUCUUGCCCAUUCUUGUCAGUUCUUUUCAUUGGGUUGUCUUCUUCUGGUUGAGUUAUAAGAGUUCUUUAUAUAUUCUGGGUAUAAGUCCUUUAUCAGAUAUAUAUUUUGUAAAUAUUUUCUC